GGGGUGGUCUAGUCUUUCUGGAAAAGAAGCCCAAAGGGGUGGGAGAUCCUGAGCCUGCAGACACACACACACACACACACACACACAGGGCAUCCCCGUCCUCCAACACCAAGGUUGCUCUUGGCCUCUUGGAGUUGCCCUCAGGGUGCCUGGAUUAAGCCGGUGCCAUCUGGGAUCCAGGAAGAGGCUGCCCUCAGGGGCUUUGCAGGUGUAACCUUCGCCAGCCUGCCUUGUGCCAACCAGCGUGUGUCCGGGCAAUUGACAUCAAGGCAAUGGAGAAACGUUCUGGCCACUUUCAAAGCUGUGGGACAACCUUGAAGAAGAUGAAGGAGGAGGAGGAGGAGGUGGAGCAGGGUAUCUGCUGAGAUCCGAAAGAGGAAGUCCUGCUGCCUGGAGGUUAUCUUCUCAAGUCAGCCACCACUGGUUAUGUAGAAGGGAGUAGGGAAGCCCCGGGUGGCUGCACUUGGCUCUCUCUCUCCCUCUGAGUUGCAUGGCCAGAGAGGCUCCUUGGAAGCACUGAGGAAGGAAAAGGGUCUUCCUCCCUUUAAAACUCCCCCCCCCUUUAUUUCUUUGCACUUCUACGGAGCCAGCUUUGAUCUGCAAUGACAGGGAAAUCCGUGCGGGAUGUGGACAGAUACCAGGCUGUCCUUACCAACCUGCUGCUGCAAGAAGAGAACAAAUACUGUGCAGACUGUCAGGCGAAAGGUCCAAGAUGGGCCUCGUGGAACAUUGGUGUCUUCAUUUGCAUCCGCUGUGCUGGAAUACACCGGAACCUGGGGGUCCAUAUCUCCCGGGUAAAAUCUGUCAAUCUGGACCAAUGGACACAAGAACAGAUACAGUGCAUGCAAGAAAUGGGAAACGGGAAAGCAAAUCGCCUUUACGAAGGUUACCUACCAGAGAACUUCAGACGACCCCAGACAGACCAAGCAGUGGAGAGCUUUAUCAGAGAAAAAUAUGAAAAGAAGAAGUACAUGGACAGAAGUCUCGACAUCAACAUGCUACGGAGAGAAAAGGAUGAAAAAUGGAAGAAGGAAGCAGCCACUGGGAAAAAAAUGGAGCCAGUUAUCUUUGAGAAAGUCAAAAUGCCUCAGAAGAAAGAGGAUCCACAAACUAUGAAGAGCCUCUCCAGACCCUCAGAACCAGUCAUAGACCUGCUGGGACUUGAUGUUCCUGUUUCAACUGCCCUCCCCAAUGGAAGGGCCAGCAGUUGUUUGGAGAAAGACUUGGACCUAUUUGGAUCCCUGGGCACUGAGAGAAAGGUUGUUGGCUCAAUGCCCACAGCUGGAAGUGCUGGAUCUGUUCCUGAAAAGCUGAACCUGUUCCCUGAGCCUGACAGCAAGGCUGAAGAGACGGGGAAGAAGCAGCUCUCCAAGGAUUCCAUCCUCUCUUUAUACGGCUCCCAUAGCCCACAGAUCCCCGCACAAGGAGCUGUGUUCCUAGCGCCUACCCAAAUGGGCUAUCCGGCCGCCUAUCCCAAUUUCCCAGGCAUAGCACCACCUAGUGGCAUGAUGGCACCACCAGUGGGGGUGAUGGCGCAGCCAGGAGGGGCAGCAGGCAUGGCAGCACAUAUGGCGAUCCCAACAGGUUAUGUAGGCAGCAUACAGACUGCAGUAAUUGGGGUCCCCAAUGGGAUGAUGGCAACGCAGCAAGCUGGGUACAUGCCCGGCAUGGCACCUGUCCCACCACCAGUGUACGUUGUGCAACCAGCUCACCAAUUACAAUGGAACCUUGCCCAGGUGACGCAGCAAAUGGCAGGGAUGAACUUCUGUGGCCCCAACGGAGUGAUGCGCUAUGGACAGUCAAUGGGCAGAGGGGGUGCCCCAGAAACCAAUCAAGCCCUCAGUUCCCAGGAAGGUGGACCAAAGAUGGCAGACGGACGUUCUGGUAGAUGUAACCAUCAUUUCAAAAGCCUGUUCUGGGAUUGCAAAAGGAAUGGUCACGAUGGCUGAUAUGACCUUUGCAUCUUUAGUUGUGGCUUCACCUCAAGGCACUUUGUAUUUUAGGACUUUGCCACCAAAUACUCUUCGUUUUUUAUUCCGCCAACACAUUCCGUGAUUUCUGUGGUGUUUUCCAAAACUACUUCACGAGCUUGAAACGCAUUCUCCCUGGAGAGGAGCUCCACCAGCCCUCAAGCACAAAUGAUGCUUCUUUUCUGAAAGUGAAGUUGGGAGGAAACAUGCCCUCUUAAAAGCAGCUGCUGCUCAUUUAGUCCUGGCAUAUUUAAAUGCUUUUUUCCCCCUUUCUCCCUAUUUUAACCUUUGAAAGGUCAAGCCUAGCGUUUCUCCAUCUUGGCGGCUUUAAAAUGUGUGACUCGACUCCCAGAAUUCCAGUGCUGGCUGGAGGAUUCUAGGAGUUGAAGUCCCAUAUCUUGAAGGUUCGGAAACACUGCAUUAACGGAUAAAAGGUCCAGAGCACUGGCAAGUUUUCGUUUGGAUUUGUUUUCCCCCUGUGUAACUCUCACAAGCGCUCCACUUGCCCGCAUGAUGACUUUUAUCGGAGGGAGAAAAACAAAACUUUCAGAGAUGGGGCCAAUCUCCCGUCUCAAGUCAUUUCACAAAGACAGUGAUCGCCCAAUCCACAAUUUUGAAAGAUUUUGUAGCACAAAUAAAAGCCCAGGCACCUACUUUAUCUUGUGUAUAUGUAAAUUCGUUAAUAAAAUGCUGCAGUGAAACUCUUAA